CAGAAACUGAAGAUAAGGGAUGAGCAGUGUUGAGGAAGGAGAGAAGAAACCUAAGUUGGUUAUUUUUCUACUGCUUGCUUUCAAUAUGAAGGAAGAUCAGGUUGUGCAGGAAGAACAAGGACUCCAAGAUGAAGAGGAAUCUUUGUUUCAAGACAUUGACCUGUUACAAAAACAUGGCAUUAAUGUGGCUGACAUUAAGAAACUGAAGUCAGUAGGAAUCUGUACCAUCAAAGGGAUACAAAUGACAACAAGAAGAGCCCUAUGCAAUGUCAAAGGACUCUCAGAAGCCAAAGUGGACAAGAUUAAAGAGGCAGCCAACAAACUGAUUGAACCAGGAUUCCUGACUGCAUUUGAAUAUAGUGAAAAGAGGAAAAUGGUUUUCCAUAUCUCCACUGGGAGCCAGGAAUUUGAUAAGUUGCUAGGAGGUGGAAUUGAAAGCAUGGCAAUCACAGAAGCUUUUGGAGAAUUUCGUACUGGAAAAACGCAGCUCUCUCAUACCCUCUGUGUGACAGCUCAACUUCCAGGAGCUCGUGGCUACCCAGGAGGAAAGAUAAUCUUCAUUGAUACAGAAAAUACUUUCCGUCCAGAUCGCCUUCGGGACAUUGCUGAUCGCUUCAAUGUUGACCAUGAUGCAGUACUGGACAAUGUACUUUAUGCUCGUGCAUAUACCAGUGAACAUCAAAUGGAGCUACUUGAUUAUGUAGCAGCAAAAUUCCAUGAAGAAGCUGGCAUCUUCAAGCUACUGAUUAUUGAUUCAAUAAUGGCACUUUUUCGAGUGGAUUUCAGUGGCCGUGGAGAGUUGGCUGAACGGCAGCAAAAAUUGGCCCAGAUGUUGUCACGGCUCCAAAAAAUCUCAGAAGAAUAUAAUGUAGCUGUUUUUGUGACCAAUCAAAUGACUGCCGAUCCAGGAGCAACUAUGACCUUUCAAGCAGACCCAAAAAAACCUAUCGGAGGACACAUCCUGGCUCAUGCUUCAACAACAAGAAUAAGUUUGAGAAAAGGAAGAGGAGAACUUAGAAUUGCUAAGAUUUAUGACAGCCCUGAGAUGCCCGAAAAUGAAGCCACCUUCGCAAUAACUGCUGGAGGAAUUGGGGAUGCCAAGGAGUAGGUGGUGAUUUGAUGCAAAUUGCUUCUUAGUGCUUAUUAGGAGCUAAAGAAAUGGAAAAGUAGUCUCAAAUUGCACAUCUUGAAAUAAGGCUUUGGGUUUUUUUGCAUGUUAUUAAAGGAAAGUCAGCAAAAGAGAUUUAAAUCUUACAUUUAUCUGAA